AUGCGGAUGAGCUCUGGCCUCGAUCGCCUUACAAAUUUUGUCAGGGGGGGGGCCUUCUCGAGUCUUUUACCAACGAAACUUUACGACGAGAAUGCGAUUCGUGAAUGUAUUCAUUUAAUCGAGCAUUCAAACGUGAAGUUAUCUGAUGCCUGCAAGCGAUUUAAAGUGCCGCGAACAACAAUUCAAUAUCGUUUAAGUUCCCGGUGGCAGUUAGGAACGUGUAAUGGACCGAAAGCUAUUUUAAGCUCCGUGGAGGAACAUCUUAUUUCAAUGUGGAUAGUGCAAAUGCAACAAAGAGGUUUUCCAGUAACAAGAAACCAUUUGUUGCGGAAAAUAGCGGACUACAUUGCGCUCAAUGGAAAAACGACGCCAUUCAAGGAUAACCAACCAGGUAGUGCUUUUUGUUCAAUGGAUAAUGCAUCGUAUUUACAACUUGUACAUUUCUGUUUCACGGGACGGAAAUGGCUUGAGGCGUUUUUAAGGCGAAAUUCUACAAUUUCAUUUCGCAAACCUGAAUCAGUGUCAUCUGCAAAUAGUAGAGUUAGCGAAUGUGAUAUUAUAGGAUGGUUUACAUCAGUUUAUAAGUGGCUUAAUGAUAAUGACUUGUGUGAUAUUUUAAAAGACCCAACAAGAGUGUUUAAUGGAGAUGAAACGUCGUUUUACAUGCAUCCAAAAACAAAAGAAGUGCUUGCCCAAAAAGGAUCCCGUAAUGUGUAUGAAAUCGAAAAAGCACCAGCCAAGCAAAACAUUACCGUUAUGAUUUCCUUCAACGCCUGUGGAUUUGCAGUGGAUCCACAUGUUAUCUUUCCGGGACAGCGAUUAAAACGAGACAUUUUACAAGGAUUUCCUUCAACAUGGGGUGUGGGGCAUAGUGAACGUGGAUGGAUGGAUUCUAAAAAUUACCGACUGUACAUAGAAAAAGUGUUUCAUCCGUGUUUAGUGAAGAAAGGUGUAACUUUUCCUGUUAUUUUAUUUGUAGAUGGCCAUAUAUCUCAUAAAUCAAUAGAAGUUGCCGAUGUUUGCCAAUCACUUGGAAUUAUUUUAAUAGCUUUAUAUCCCAACACAACUCACAUUACCCAACCGGCAGACAUUGCAGUUUUCAAACCACUGAAAGAUGCAUGGAGAGGUGCAUUAGAGCAAUGGCGUUUUGAAAAUGCAAAUCAAAAUUUCACCUUAAACUAUUUUGGCGAAAUGCUACAAAAAGCUUUGCAACAGGGCGUAAAAACAAAUAGCAUAAAAAGUGGAUUCCGUGCUUGUGGGUUAUAUCCGUUUACCCCAGAAAACGUAGACUAUACCUAAUGUUUAAACAAAUUGCCUUCCCACUCUAGUCAAAACAGUCAUGAACCAUCUGUUCAAAAUGCUUCCCUUAAUACAGAAGAUUGCACCUCGGCAAUACCUGUGCUCAAUACCCCAUUACCUGUAGAACGGCAACACGCUCCUAAAGUAGAUAAAAAAUGUGCAUCAAUUCCGUGGGACAAAUUAUGUCACGCAUUAGACAUGAUUGGAAUAAGCAAGAAAAAUUAAAUAGGAUUACCAUAAAAGACAUAACAAAACUGUCCCGCCUGGAAAGAUGCAUUAAAUAUUUUUACACGGAGUGCAUCAAGCCAUAUGUGUCGAUAGAGUCCGAAAUCGAAGAUAAUGGUUCAAAUAUAUUAAAUCCAGAAAAUGUAACUCAUUUUGAAAUAGAAUCAUCUGAAUCACACAAUCAUUCACCAGAUAAUUUCAUUGCCUGUUCAAUCGAAGAAGAUUUUCGAUGCGAACCAGUAUCCAACUAUCAAAACUUCCAAUGCUUCGUAAGUGAAGAUCUUAUAAUCGAACCCGUUGAUGCAGAUUGUCCCACCGAAGUAUGCACCCAACAAAACAGUCAACAUUUAAUAACAAAACACAUCAUCAUCGAUCCAAGUGAGCAGUACAAUUAGUAAAACCUUUCAAAUGAAGAUUGCUGCAGCAUCGAGCGCCUGGAAGAAGAAUAUAUUGCCGAGCCUGAUCUGGAAGAAAAUGACGAUACUAAUAAGGAAAAUGUGCAAUUUACAAAAGUAUUUGAUUUACCAUCUACACCUCAUCGAAGCCAGAAACACCAAAACUACAAAUCACGUUUCUACCCUGUUUUGACUGCCGGAGAACGAUGGCAAGAAAUGAAUUUCAAAGAGGAGGAAAAAAUUUGGGAAGCAGGAAGAACGGAAACGAAAGGCUGUGGAACGUCAAGAAGCCAAAGAACUUCGUGAAACGGAACAAAAAGCUAAAAAAGAGGCCCGAUUGAAGAAAAAACUCGAAAGUGAUAAGAAAAAACUGUGCAAU